AAUAACCACAUCCGGGCAUUGGGAAUUCGGCCAGUUCUCUGCACCCUGAGUCACCCAACUAUUGCAUCCUCAGAGCAGUCAUAGUGCCUUCUUCCAUCACAGUCCCCUAAGCUCGCAGCAAUAGAGGUGUGCUGUCAUACGUUUGGGUGAACAGAACAUAGAAGACCCCUGAGUGAUCGCAGGUGCCAGGUGUUGGCUGGGGAGGUGAUCGUGUGGGUUUGCGUGAAGUGCUCACAGUCACAACUUUGGAAGCCUCUUAAUUUCUCAGAGAGCUCGAUGGUGAGAAAAUGCAGGUCUCGUCCUGCGUUGCGGUUUCUGUGGGAAACCUCGCCAUUGGGGGUGUCAGAGGGGUUGGCCGGAGUGCCUGUGGCAGAGAGACAUCCUUCUCCCGUAACCUCUUUGCAGGAGGACUGGUCUCCAGAUGCCCAGGAACUGCUCAGCAGAUCCCGGCUGUUCCACAGAGUUCUCUGAGCAGCCGUCCAUCUUCCGCAGGAAGAAAGGUGAGCCUGUGGGAGAGGAUGGCCCACGUGGGAGACUACAGACAGAUGCCCUGGCUCCCUGUCCUGGUGGUGUCUCUGAUGUGCUCAGCCAGAGCAGAAUACAACAACUGCGGCGAGAAUGAAUACUACAACCAGACCACGGGGUUGUGCCAUGAGUGUCCCCAGUGUGGGCCGGGGGAGGAGCCAUACAUGUCCUGUGGCUAUGGCACCAAAGAUGAGGAUUACGGCUGCAUUCCCUGCCCAGCAGAGAAGUUUUCCAAAGGAGGUUACCAGAUAUGCAGGCGCCACAAAGACUGCGAGGGCUUCUUCCGGGCCACCGUGCUGAUGCCGGGGGACAUGGAGAAUGACGCCGAGUGCGGGCCUUGUCUCCCUGGUUACUACAUAUUGGAAAACAGACCCAGGAACAUCUACGGCAUGGUCUGCUAUUCCUGCCUCCUGGCACCCCCCAACACCAAGGAAUGUGCAGGAGCCACCGUGGGGAUUUCUGCCCACUUGUCCAGCACCGCGGGCAGCAGCACCCUCUCUCCUUUCCACCGAGCCCAUAAAGCAGAGCUCUCAGGCCAAGGACACCUGGCUGCGGCUCUGAUCAUUGCCAUGUCCACCAUCUUUAUCAUGGCCAUUGCCAUCGUCCUCAUCAUCAUGUUCUACAUCAUGAAGACGAAGCCUUCUUCCCCAGCCUGCUGCACCAGCCACUCAGUGAAGAGUGUGGAAGCCCAAGUGAGCCAGGAAGGAGAGAAGAAAGAGGCUCAAGACAGUGUGGUGAUUUUCUCUGAAAAGGACGAAUUUGAGAAACUGACAGCAGCUCCAGCAAAGACUGCCAAGAGUGAGAACGACGCCUCCUCUGAGAACGAGCAGCUGCUGAGCCGGAGCAUGGACAGUGACGAGGAGCCCGCCACCGACAAGCAGGGCUCCCCGGAGCUGUGCCUGCUGUCGCUGGUCCACCUGGCCAGGGAGAAAGCCGCCACCACCCCCAAGUCAGCCGGGAUUCAAAGUCGAAGGAAAAAGAUACUGGAUGUGUAUGCCAACGUGUGUGGAGUUGUCGAAGGACUCAGCCCUACGGAGCUGCCAUUUGAUUGCCUUGAGAAGACCAGCAGAAUGCUCAGCUCCACAUACAACUCUGAGAAGGCUGUUGUGAAAACGUGGCGCCACCUUGCAGAGAGCUUUGGACUAAAGAGGGAUGAGAUUGGGGGCAUGACAGAUGGCAUGCAGCUCUUUGAUCGCAUCAGCACAGCAGGUUACAGCAUCCCAGAGCUGCUCACAAAACUGGUGCAGAUAGAACGGCUGGAUGCUGUGGAGUCCUUGUGUGCAGACAUACUGGAGUGGGCCGGCGUCGUACCCCCUGCCUCCCAGCUGCCCGCUACAUCCUGAAGAUCAUGCCUGUGGACCACUCUUCUUGGGAUGCACCAAGGACCUAAUGAGAGCUCAGGAUCUAAUGAGGACUCUAGAGCUGUGGGUGAUGCCAACAGACGACCAAGAAUCAAGGGUAUGUUUCCAGGGUAUGCCUUAGGCUGUUUCAAGAAACAAGAGGAAAUGAGGUGUCUUCCACUAUAACUAAAGAGAAAAGAUUAAAGCUAGGAUACUCCCAGCUACCCACCUGCAGCUCACCAGAUUGAAUAAAUAUUUAUUCAGCUAGUCCACUCACCAUGAACUUGUUCAAGGGAUAUUGUUGGGUACUCAAGUGAGCCAAACAAUGUGGGGAUGACAGAAGUGAAGAAUCUGGUCCCUGUUUAAGAAGUUUACAACCCAGGGAGAGACAGAGACAUGUCCACAAGCCACUUUGCUAGAAGAUAUCAAACAAUCUGAAUGAGGGGAUUCUAAGAAAAUGUAAUAAAAGUUCUUAGAGAGAGUGAUGCUUCCCACUGAGAUGGUGAGGCAGCAUUUUCAUGAGGAAAGCAGCUCGGGAGUUUGGUGAAAUGGCUACAAAAUGCAGACACCACCACCCUCCCCCUCCCCCUGCAUGUAUUGUUUCCGGAUCAAUACAAGUGGGUUCAUAGGAUAACUUUGCCUGUUUCUGAGGCCAUCGUAUUCCUGCAGCCAUCUGGUCACUAAUGGGAGAACUUUCUCUGGAGCCUGCUUUAUGUCACUGAUAGGAAGGCAUGUGUCUGUCUAAUCAAGGAGACCUGUGCAAUAGUCAACUUAUUUACUGCAUGAGUUCUAGGCCUGGGGACCCAGUUGUUUUUUAUAACAUACUAGAGGCCCGGUGCAAAAAUUUGUGCACUGGUGGGGUCCAGCUGGCCUGACCAAUGGGGGUUAAUCAGGCCAAGCCAGCAGCAGGGAGAAACCAUGGGCAGUUGUACAGCCAGCCCUGCCCCCUAUUGGGGUCAGUGCAGGCCAAUCGGGGGCAGGGCCGGCUGAGGAGAGGGGCUGCGGGCAGUUGGCCAACCAUCCCCACCCCUAUGUUGGGGGCCAAUCGAGAGCCAGGAUGGCGGGGGGGGGGGGGGCAGCUGAUUGGGGCCCAGAUCAGGCUGGUUGGCUGCCACAGUGUGCAUCAUAACUACCAGUCAUUCUGGUCAUUCUGGUCAUUCUGCCAUUCUGGUCCCUGGACUUUUAUAUAUAUUGAUGAAUUGCCUUCCAACUCUCAUUUUCAGUCACAUUUGACCUUUGGGGUCAGCAGUGCUCCAAGGACACGGCCAUUUAUACUAUAUGCCAGGCUAUUUUUGCUUCAAAGAAAAAUGGGUGGUAACUCUGCUUAAAAAGAGAAAUGAUUAGUUUCUAACAGCUCAGCCACACAUAACUCUUGAUUUCCAGAGAGUUUGAGACGUGUGCAUGGGUUACAUGGUGUGAGAGUUUUAGGCCUGGCUUUCUGAGCCAAUCAGGGAAAGCAGAGCCCCCUGUGCAGGGAGAGCCCGGGCUUGGUACCAUUCUGUUCUUUUUCCCCAGGCCUCAGUUUGUCUUCUGCAAGUGAGAGGCUAGCGUGUGAUUCUAUAAUCACAGGAAAAGUAAGGUUCAAAUAAGCAAAAGGAAAGUAGAUCUCUGGGAAAUGCCAGGCCUCUGAGGUCCAUGGAAGUGAAUACAGUGUGAGUCACCAAGUAAAAUGGAAAUU